CAGCAACAUGGCUUAUGCUGUAGUCUUUGGAUGUGUCUUGGUGCUGGGCUUGCCUCUCAAUGCGGUGUCACUGUGGACUCUGAUCCGCCACCACAGCCUCAAAUCCUCCAGCGCCGUCUUCAUGAUCAACCUGGCUCUGUCUGACCUGCUGCUGGUGAUCUCCCUGCCCAUGAGAGUCUACUUCUACGCCACCGGCAGCUGGCCCCUUGGGAUUACUGAAUGCAUGUGCGUCAUAGUGCUCUUCCACAACAACAUCCGCUCCAGCUCCAUCUUCAUCACCCUCAUCGCUGUGGACCGGCUGCUGGCAGUGGUUUACCCUCUGAGAUCACGGCAUCUGAGAACCACCACCAACGCCUGGAAGGCCUCUGUCUUCGUUUGGCUCUUUGUGGUGGGAGUGAACAUCCCAGAGAGUGUCGACUUCUCGAAACGUUUGAACGAUUGUAAUGCAACUACAUGUUUUCACUUCUCUGACUGUCAGCUGUACAAUCAAGCAAUGGCUUAUUUUCAGUUGAUUUUGUUGUUCACCAUGCUGGCAGUCAAUGUUGUAUCCACUGCUCUGGUGUCUUGGACUCUUCGCAGACAUCUCAGUGACGCUGCAAGGGUCAACAACAGGAUAAACGUUAUGCUGGUUUAUGUCAUCAACUUGUUGAUGUUUGUCAUCUUUUUUAUGCCACUGUCGUUGGUGCGAAUGAUUCAGCAUGACAGCCGUCCCAUCCUGGCAGCAAUAUGUCUAGCCAGUUUGAACUGCUGUGUGGAUCCUCUGCUGUAUUACUUUUCUUUGGAUGCCUUCUGGAAGAAAAAAGAAGAAGAAAAAGAAGAUGCAGAGCCUAAAAGAGAAAUGGGUAGUAAACAUUCAGUGGACACAAUGAGUUAG